UUAUUAUUAUUAUUAUCAUCAUUAUUUACCCGUGAAUUAGCCGUCAGUGCGUGGAUCUCAGAACGUGCCACCUCAGACCUGCUUCUCUCAGGAGGAUCGUGCUCGUGGAUGCCAUGAGAGCCUUACGCCAACCUCCCUCCGUCAGAUAAGUGUGACCUGGAACGAGAGAGGAAGAGAGAGAGAGAGAGAGAGAGAGAGAGAGAGAGAGAGAGAGAGAGAGAGAGAGAGAGAGAGAGAGAGAGAGAGAGAGAGAGAGAGAGAGAGAGAGGAAAAAAAUAAACGUAAAUGGAGAAUGAGAUUGACGGAGAUGGAGGAGAGUGUCGUUAGAAGAGGACAGAGAAUUGGAAAGGAAGAAGGGAGUGUCGUUGUUAGUAAACAGGGAAUGAAAGGGAAGGGAAGAGAGUGACGUUCGAAGUAAAUACAAAAUAGAAUGGAGAAGAAAGAAAGUGACGUCGGGAGUAAAUAGAUUAGAAAAGAAAAAAGAGGAAGAUAAUGACUUUGGAAGUAAAUACAAAAUAAGGGAAGAAAGUGACGUUGGGUGUAAAUAAAAAAGAAAAGAAAAGAAAAGAGUGACGUUGGAAGUAAACAAAGGAUAAAAAAGAGAGAGAGAGUGACGUUGGAAAGCAGUUCAGAUAAUACGUAAUAUUCCUAUAUCGGAUGUGAGAGAAGAAAAGAAAAUACCAUAAACCGACUUACACCUGAUAAGGGAAAGUAGCUUUUAAACGCAAAGAAAAUAAAUAUAUAAUGCAAAGUGGAUUCUUCUUAAAACCACGUAUGAAAAUCACACAUGUUGAGAGAAACAUGUAUCGGUUUAUAUAAAUUCAACGAAAUUUCGAUUGUGUGUGUUUUAAUGUUAUUGAUAGUGUAUUAAUAUUGUGAGGAUCAGCAUAGCUAAGGUGCGUGUGUAUGCUCACCGAAAGCUGUAUUUGGAGACACAGAUUUAAUGCUAUUUCUGUGUAUGUAUCAGGUGUCAGAUUAGAACAAGUUAAACCACAAAAUAUAUAAUUUACAAAGACAGACUACAUACCAAGACAUCAUUAAUAAACCCAAAUAUUCUACCAGUGAAGUGAAUAAAUAGCAAAAAACAAAAAACAAAAAACAAGAAAAAGAAAGUAAGUAAGAAAGUAAGAAAAAUAGAAUGAACCUCAUCAAAGCUAAAUCUCCCACUAAUCAAGACUAAGGCACCAGAGGCGUCUAUACAGAGCAGGUUUUACGCAAAGGUGAGAAUGUGAACUCGUGGUGAUCAUGUGACGCAGAUCCCUUGUCUAACGUACGCGUGACUGUCUAGUGGACAUGUGAACCCUUCUCUAGACGUUGUCCUCUUCAGAGCGACAGAAGAGAGAGAGAGAGAGAGAGAGAGAGAGAGAGAGAGAGAGAGAGAGAGAGAGAGAGAGAGAGAGAGAGAGAGAGAGAGAGAGAGAGAGAGAGAGAGAAAGAGGAUCAGGAAGACGAUAGAGACAACGCUAUCAAGAAGAGGAACCAUGGCGACGCCCUCAGUUCCCCCGUCGACCGGCUGGCCCGACGCCUUCGCCAACGCCUCCGACAGCGCCUCCAACGCUACCUCGGUCCCCAGCUCCAACUCCAGCCUCUCGCCGGGGACGCCCAUGCUCGAGGACGCAGAGGACCUGACCAAUCUCACACUACACGCCCAGCCCUUCUACCCGCCUGUGAACGCGGGCGUGGGGACCGAACUGACGGCCCUCUUGGUGUUGGUCGUGGGCGUCGUGGGGAACCUGGUGGUGAUGUUGGUGUUCAUGUGGCGCCCCUGGGGAAGGACGCCCCUGCAGGUGGACAGGGUGGUGGGUCUGCUUGCCCUCAGCGGCCUGGCCACCACCCUGACCUCGGUGCCCUUCCAUCUCUACUCCUUCGUCACCAGUGAAUACCCGGCUAACGACUCUCUUUGCCAAGUACAAGGAUUUUUGCUGAAUCUGCUGUGUCUACUGUGCUUAUGGUAUACCGCUGUCCUGGCUGUCGAAAGGUGUAAUACAAAACCUACCGACCUGCCUCUAGAAACCAGGGAAUUUCAGACCUGA